CGAUAUUCGACAUAUCUCCCAGCUUAGUUCGUGUUUGAGUUCUUUCUCCGCUUCUUACACUCGUUUUCACCUCGCAGGACCCCGACGGACGACGUGCGAGAGAGUCCUCCAAGCUGGGAUCACUCUGGACUAAACAACGACUCCAACGAGCUUGAACCGAUCUGCUGGAUAGAGGCAUUGUCCGAGCAUAAUCCUCAACUAUGGCUCACGGACACGGUCAUCAUCAUGGCCACGGAGAAGUCCUCAAGCGAAGCCCUGGCGAUGCCGUUCAUAUCGUCUAUGUCACGGCUUCGGCGACUUUCGAUGGCCCCAUCGGUGGAUAUUUGACUCAAACAGAUGCAGACUCUACGACUACAUCGACAACAAAAAAUUCCGGUGUCGGUCAACCUGUUCAGCAAACUAAGACGACCACAGCCGACGAGUCAACUACAACCAAAAGCCACACACACACGGCGGUGGACUCUGAUACAACUACUAAGGACGUAGCCACCAAAACUACCCAUAUGGCUGAAACAACCAAGGCAACUGCGACCACUGGCAACACUGCCAUCCAAACGACUUUGUCAACUGCCACUUCAUCCGCAAAUAGCGCCUCUGAUGAUAUCCCUAUCGUCACAUCCACAAUAUAUGCGGAUCAGUAUACUGCAACGAGCUCGAGCUCAGCCGUUGCCGCAAAUUCCGGAUCUAGUGAGAUGUCGACAGGUGCUAAAACGGGAAUUGCCAUCGGUGCGGUUUUCGUUGUCGCGCUCAUUGCCGGAUUGAUCUUCCUGCUCGUCUGGAAUAAGAAGAAGAAACAGCAGCCAGUUGAGACACUGGAUGAAACCGAUAGGCUAAAUGAGAAGAAGUCAUAUGAAGGCUAUAAUACCCCGCCGGUCGUACAAGCACCACCCCAAAGCACGCAGCCGAUGACACCUUCAGAUCCUCCUCAGCUCAAUGUUCGUCCUGUUACUCAGUUUGCUCCCGACCUGACCCCCGCCCAAGGGUUGACAGGUCUGUCUGCGGUCGGUGCUGGUGCAGCAUUUGCUCCAGCUGCAGCGGCUCACCGAAAUCUCACUGGAAACCCUUCACCACCACUCACACCGCAGUCUAGUGUUAGCAACCGAGAUCCUUUCUGUGAUCCAGCAAACCCAUUCGAUAAUCAAGCAGAACUGCCCUCUCCUGUGUCUGCCAAAGAUGUCAGUCCGUCAACGCCCGUUUCUGCUGCUGCUACCACAUCUGGCCCCUCUGAAGCUGCGAUUGGAUCCGCCGUAACGGUUGCUGCCGCUGCCGCCCAUCACUCUGCUGAUAAAGAUCUACUCAAUCGUCCUCCCAGUGCCGGGUCAGAGGGUUCUGCCGGCCCUGGUCAAAUGCAAACCAAUGUACACCGCGUCCAGAUGGAUUUCAAACCCUCGAUGGAUGAUGAGUUGGAGCUACACGCCGGCCAACUGGUCAGGCUCUUGCAUGAGUAUGAUGAUGGUUGGGCGCUCUGUGUGAAACUCGACCGUUCGCAACAAGGAGUUGUCCCUCGUUCCUGUAUAUCUACCCGUCCCAUGAAGCCUCGCAGUCGUCUAUCCCCUGGACCAGGCCCUCUUCCUACCGGUCAUCCCGGCCCUCGUGGCCCUGCAGGACCUCCAGGACCCCCAGGCUCACCAAUGAUGGGACCUCCGGGCCGCAAGCCCCAACCUCCACGUUUCUAUCCUCAGGAUGGAGGCAGACCUGCCUCUCCUUCGCAUUCAAUGUCCCCUGCCCGUCCGAUGCCGCCUGCUCGCCCAAGAUCCCCCGCUCACGGUCCCUACGGGUCUCCGCCUUCACGUCCUUACCCUCAAGGCCCCAUGUCUUCGGCCCAGUUCCCGCCAGUCCCCAAGCCAUACUCUCCAGGUCCCCGACAAGGGCCACCAAGAUCGAUGAGUCCAGGUCCCUACGGGCCUCCGGGCCUGCAGCGACCCGAAAUGCCCGCGGUUGACCAACGAAAACGCAGUAAUAGUAUGGGAGGUGCUAUUGGGCAGAGCCCACGUGUGGCACCUGGAUCUAGCCCUCUUGCUACUCCCACAUCACCACCACCUUCAGCCGCACUUCCAGCAAUCCCUACAAGCUCGGUUCCCGUGGCUGCCCCAGCCCCGUCUUAACAACGCCUGAAACUGUUAGCUCACAGCCGUUCAUGUUA